AUUUAUUUUCUCACCUUUCAUGCGGAAGUUGCUCUCACUCGUAACACACAUGUCGGUGAAAACAUUGUCGCGUCGCGUCUGAAAAAUGGAAUUAAACGUCGAGAAAACGAGUUCACAGGCUUUGCUGUCAUGUGGCAACGGAGGAGGUCUCGGCGAGAAGCUUCUCCUCAAGCCAAAGGCUGGCAGCUCCCUGCAGACAGAGAGAGUCCCGAGAAGCAGCGUGUUGGACCGGCUGCAGAGCUUCCUUCCUCAGAUGGCUGACGCCAAUGAGAAGCUAAAGCAGCAGAUGGAGGGAGCUCCUGCUGGAUUCUUCGACAUAGAGAGCGUGGAGGAGGCGCAGAGGAUCAUAGAGAUGGACGUAGCGCUGGUGGAGCUCAGCGGGUCAGACUCAGACGAUGAAGAGGACACUUCAGACUCUGAGGAUGAAUCAGAUUCUGGUGAGGACAGUGAGGUCACAGAGCAGAACCUCAAACUACCCGGAGACAAAGGCAAGAAGAAGAAAGCCAACAUCCAAGUUGUUGAUCAAGAGGGAGAGUAGAAGAGACGACCAGACAGACUUUUGGCUGCGUGUUUGAGUUUUUUCACCCUCUGAGGUGAUGUGGGAUUAACUGACCAAUGACAGAACACUUCCCUCAGGUGUGGAAGGAUUUUAACCUACAUCACAGAGACGGUGAACAGAAAGCUCCCGUGUGGAGACAUUUUCCUCAUCCCUAUGGGAACUACAGUUAAUCUCAUUUUGUACACGUAAAAGACAAAGUUUCAAAAGUGCCUUCAGCGCCAGAACAGAUACUGUGAUGACCUCAUCCUGUCUGGCAGUCAGCCACUUCUCACUGUGCAUGAUGUGUAGAGGUGUAACACCGUGGAUCACCUUGUUUUUGGUUAUCAUGAAGCUACCUGCUAAUUCAUUCAUUAUGACUUAAUUAUGGAUGAUUUGUUCUGAUUUGUCCAAAAGUUUCAGUGUUGAGAAGUGUUUAGAAAUGUUAAACUCUUGUACCAGAGGCUUGUCGUAUUUUGAGGAACAUCGUGCACAUUCUGACACUUUCUGUCAUUAUUCAUCGUACAAAUACGAUAAAUAUCUUUUUGGCAACGCUGUCUCCUUUCCUCACAGUGUUACAGACUUUAUUUGGAUUAAUUAUUUUUUAAGUGAUCUGACUUCGGCUCCAUUUUGUCAUAUAAAGACGUUCAAAUGAUUUUUCUGAAAAUUAAAUAAUUCUACAGA